UUCAGCGGGAUAUGAAGGGAAUUAAUCUGACAGACGUUCCUGAGUGUCUCCUGCCUUAAAGCUGAAGUGAAGGACACCGACAGGAAGUGCAAACAUUCAGUACAUUCUCUGAAACAGCAGCUAGCAGAAGCAGAGCUGGACUGUGAGAUCCAGCCAGGUUUCGAUAGGCCUGUAACUGUGGGACCUAACCGAACAGCAGGCGGCUUUCACUGAGGGUCACUUUACUUAUCGGUAUGUUUUAACAUUGCCUGGCCAAGUGUACUGCUUUCAGGUGAGCAGGGGCGCAGACACUGUGACCCGCUGGAGCAGAGUGAGCAGGAAACCAAUGACCCAUAUAUCAGCAUGCGGUGACUGAGUCUGAGGCCUACAGGCACAGUGGAUCUGGCGGCAGCAGCAGGCGUCUGGCUUAGAUGAAGGAUGAAGAGCCCGGUGCACAGAUGCAGGGAUGUGGAGCAUGGCCGUGGGCAGGGCAAAGCGGGUGCUGGGACCAACUGCCUACAGGCCGAGCAGCGCAUCCCCAUCUCCAAAGACGUCAUCACUUCCUCUGCUGCCUCGGCAAUGUGGUUCAUCAGGGACGCCUGUGGCAUCGUGUGUGCCAUCAUCACCUGGAUGCUGGUGUUGUAUGCAGAGUUCGUGGUGCUGUUUGUGAUGCUGCUGCCCUCCAAGAAUCUGACGUACAGCAUUGUGAACGGGACACUGUUCAACAUUCUGGCCUUCCUUGCCCUUGCUUCACACCUCAGGGCCAUGUGUACUGACCCUGGUGCCGUGCCAAAAGGGAAUGCUACUAAGGAAUACAUAGAAAGCCUUCAGCUGAAACCAGGGCAGGUGGUCUACAAAUGUCCCAAGUGCUCCAGCAUCAAGCCUGACCGAGCUCACCACUGCAGUGUUUGCAAACGCUGCAUACGUAAGAUGGACCACCACUGCCCCUGGGUCAAUAAUUGUGUUGGGGAGAGCAACCAAAAGUACUUUGUGCUUUUUACAAUGUACAUUGCACUCCUCUCUCUCCACUGUCUGGUCAUGGUGGUCUUCCAUUUCCUCUACUGCUUUGAAGAUGAUUGGACAAAGUGCAGUUCCUUCUCUCCUCCAGCAACAGUCAUCCUCCUUAUACUCCUGUGCUUUGAGGGUCUCCUCUUCCUCAUCUUCACCUCUGUGAUGUUCGGCACCCAAGUCCACUCCAUCUGUACGGAUGAGACUGGCAUCGAGCGGCUGAAGGGAGAGACGGGGAAGUGGGGGAAAGUUCCGUGUUGCGAGGCCAUGCAGAUGGCGUUCGGCGGCCCCUUCUCUCUGUCCUGGUGCAGCCCCUUCGCAGGGCUGAGCUGCACAAGGAGCCCUGCAGAGCACACCCCCCUCCCCCAGGGGGACAUCAUCGAGGAGGACGUCAUAGAGAUACCACUUGUCUAGCCCAGUCUUGGAGGGUUCUCUACAUGGACUUGGCUUUGAAAUAGGAUGCACCAGCUCCAGCUGUACCCUGACACUCAAUGAUUUCAAGCCAGGCCAAAGCAGAGGAAAGCUCUUUUGGUGCUUUCAGAAUUCCCGAGUUAGGACCCCUGGCACAGGUGCAAGAAUUUGUGAAACCUCUGCCUACUUUCCAAAACAUCUGGCCCAAUAUGCGCUGAAUCAUGUCCACUAUGUGCACCAUAAGACCAAACAGGGCUCUAUAAAUAGAAUAAACCACUUUGAUUUUAUUUAUCUUUUUUAUUCUUAAAAAUAUGUUAUAAUAUCACAAGUAAAACUUCCAUGUACUUGUACAGGACAGUUUUGUAAAUACGUUUAACAAACCAGCAGUGCAGAAUGCUCUUGCACACAAUGAUUUUAAAAACCUCCAGUAUUCUCCUGAAAGCAUUGUUUAACUACAGUGGAAUAACUCUGCCAGGUGUCUGACUCCAAACAUAUUUUUUUAUCUAUAAUUAUUUGUUACAUACUACACCAAAAAAAGUUGAAGGAAAAAAAACUUUUUAGUUUGCCAGCCCUAGAGAAGAAAAAGUGUCACUUGGAUUCUUUUGAAGAGAAUCCAGAUUAUAUCCAAGUUAUCUGCUGUUAACCCACUGCGAUUCAAACAAUAACCAAUACUGCUUUGGUGGAAAUAAACCCUUUGUGUUGGCUGUGUAAAUAUAUAGUAUACUGUAGCUCUACAGGCUGCUCUCUCUCUCUGCUUGCUGAGCACCAGCUGAGCAUUUCAUGUCCAUAAGAGGCAGACCGCUUAGCAUUAGCUCUGACAAAUCAAAAGACCAUCAGGAAUUAGCUCAGCUGUGAGAGUGGCUCCAGAUCUUCAGAGCUAUACCAAAUAAUUAUUAGCUAAAUUAAACCAGUUGGCCAAAAAACGUACUGUCCUUUGUCCAGCUGUGUAUUCAUUUCUGUGAGCUGUAAGCUCUCAGCCAAUCACACCAUCCCAAACGGAGACCCAGGGGCAGGUUAGGGUGGGGGUCAGUCAGCGGUAAUGACAGUAUAAAACAGGUUCUUUAAAACUUGUAAUUCACCAUAACCCGGGAGGUCCUCAAGCAGAGACAUAAAUGAACACCAAAAAUAUAAGGCUUGUUUGUCCAGCAUUAUGCAACAUUAGCUGUGAACAGGGACAUACACACACAGCUGGCUGCAUGAUCCCCUGGCGACGAUAAAGAAAGUGGUUGCAGAACAGAGUACUGACACCUUCCAGCUCCUCCACCUCUCAGAAGCCUUUCUGAUCUGAGAGGAUGGAGGAUUUAAAAAGGUCCACUGUGUUGGGUUUAGUGGGAUCUAGUAGUGAGGUGGCAACCAACUGAAUUAAUUUCACUUUGUGCCUUAUAUGUAUUGACAAGCAACUCUAACAGUGUGGGGAUAAACAUGUUAUGUUAAUGUUUAAUAACUCAUGUGUCCACUUCUGCUGGCUCUAUCUGGAUUUUCAGUGAAUGACCUCAGGCAGAAGAGAUCAUUGUGUCGAUGAGUAAACAGAAGAAUAAGGGCUUUUAACUUUUAAACGGGUGCUGGGUAUCAUGGGACCACUCAUCUUUUAUCACGUUUACAUUCUUUUAACUGUGUGAUCAUUGGGUGGGGUUUUAUUUAAAUGUAUUAUCUGUACAUAAUACCAAAUUGUAAGUCUGUUGCUGUUAAAAAUCAUCAAAGAAGCAUUAUUAAAUAAUUUUUUACAGGCUCACCCUCAGUUUUACAUGACAUAAAAAGUAUUUACAAUAAAAUUGAGAAAUUGA